UGCCGUCAAUAGGGGGCUAGGAGGGGGAGCUCCCCUCGGGCGGGGGGACCCCCCCAAUACUCAGUGGUGUGCCUGGGGGACCCCCCAAUACUCAGUGGUGUGCCUGGGGGACCCCCCAAUACUCAGUGGUGUGCUGCAAAGACACAGUGUAUAACAGCUUUAUUUCUAAACCAAAUGGACCCACUGCUUCCUGCUUCCCCCCCCCAUCACCAGCUCUGCCCCUCCCAUUGCACCCAGGCUGGCCCCUGGGGACACCAGCUGCCCUCUGGGGAUACCAGGCCCCUGGCUCUUCCCAAUGCCCACAUCCCUUCCCGCUGCCCCCCCGGUCCAGACGGGCAGUUUGCAUUUGGGUUGAAUCCAGCCUUGGUCUGGGACAGGUUGAGUCGUGAUGUCAUGAAAUGCCCGCAUGAGACAACGCCACCCCCUUGCUGUGGCAUAAUAACAUUGCACUGGCAGGAGGUAGUGUUCAGGCUAACCUCCAACAGCCCUGCAUGCAGGACCACUCCGGUGAAAUCAGGACAGUCACGUAAAAGCCCGGCCUUUUGGGAACCUCUCGCUUCACUACAAAGUUGUGAAGAAAGGACCUGGGAAUGACAUGUUGCACAGAAGAGUUCAUCGGGCUGUACAGACACGUAGGAAGACAGUCCCUGCCCCAAAGAAGUUACAGUUUGUUUAGAUUUUUAAAAUCUUGGGAGAAAUUCUGGCAAAAUUCUCAUUGACUUUAAUGGGACUAGAUUUUCAUCCCUAGUGAAUUUAAAUUAAAACUAAAAACAUAUCAUUCAGAAGCUUUAGACUGCUCUGUCUAAUUUGAUGGCAGGUCUCUUCAGUGGAGCUGGUUGGCAUGAGAACAUACCUCCAUCCCAUAAACUGUACUGGCUUCCCUCAUGCAAGUUAUUUUUAAUUUAACGUAAAGCCCUCUGGCCUAGAAUCUCAAAGGUAUUUAGGCGCCUCACUCCCAUGGGGGUGAAGUGUCUCGAUACCUUUGAGGAUCUGGGCGUGAUUUGGCAUUUGUCUGUUUUAGAGUGUGGCCAUCUCCUUUGUGAUGGCUGAAAUCAGCUGGAGUGUUUUUGCUGACUGUCUAAGACAGGGGUCGGCAACCUUUCGGAAGUGGUGUGCCGAGUCUUCGUUUAUUCACUCUAAUUUAAGGUUUCGCGUGCCAGUCAUACAUUUUAACGUUUUUAGAAGGUCUCUUUCUAAAAGUCUAUAAUAUAUAACUAAACUAUUGUUGUAUGUAAAGUAAAUAAAGUUUUUAAAAUGUUUAAGAAUGUUCAUUUAAAAUUAAAAUGCAGAGCCCCCCGGACCGGUGGCUAGGACCCGGGCAGUGUGAGUGCCACUGAAAAUCAGCUCGCGUGCUGCCUUCGGCACGCGUGCCAUAGGUUGCCUACCCCUGGUCUAAGAUCUUGAUGCAGGCAGUUCUUGGUUGGAAGGUCCCUGUCUGUGGAACUUUCUCAUUCAGGCAGGUGUCAGAUCUUGAAUUUGUUAACCUUCAGCAUGUUGUGCUAGGCUCAUCUUUUCAGCUAAGCCUUUGCCGACUGGAUCUAACCAGAGGCACUGGGACAGGUUCACACGGAUGCAACCCAGGUAGUGAGUCGCUGACAGCAGGAAGUCAGCCUGGAGAAGGGGCAUAGUGAUACAAACCAUCCUUGCUUCUCUUUCCUUCCUUAUCAGAACCCUAGGGGAGAGCACAACUGCCUGUAUUUGAGGUUUGAAUCUUUUCGUCAGUGCAGCCACUCUGACAGCACAGGGGAGCUGCAAAUUGCACUCCAUUAUGCCCAGGGGGUGAAUCUGGCCCUAUCCACAAACUGUAUGAAGACCACAGGUUUGGAAUCAAAAUGUCCGGAAAGAGAAAAAAGAAAAUUAAUAUUUCCAUCAAUCCCGAGAUGCCUCAGCCUGAAAUGAAUGAUACUGAAGUGAGACAAGACGACCCAGAGAGACUGAGACGCCAUAGCACUGGGAUCAUGGAGCCCACUCAGAUCACCGCGGCAAUUAUGAGCACUAUGAACACCACGCGCAUUGUCCUGGAGUAUAUGCAGAGCCAGAACAUGCCAAAGCAAAACCAGGCGAGGAGGCAAUUGCAGCGAUUGCAGCGCGGCGACGAGAGUGAUGAGGAAAUUGACAUGGACAUAGACCUCUCACAAAGUACAGGCCCCAGCAAUGUGCAAAUCAUGGUGUUACUGGGGCAGGUUCAUGGCGUGGAACACCGAUUCUGGGCCCGGGAAACAAGCAGAGACUGGUGGGACUGCAUCGUGUUGCAGGUGUGGGACAAUUCCCAGUGGCUGCAAAACUUUCGCAUGCGUAAGGGCACUUUCAUGGAACUUUGUGACUUGCUUUCCCCUGCCCUGAAGCGCCAGAAUACCAGGAUGAGAGCAGCCCUCACAGUUGAGAAGCAAGUGGUGAUAGCCCCGUGGAAGCUUGCAACGCCAGACAGCUACCGGUCAGUCGGGAAUCAAUUUGGAGUGGGUAAAUCUACUGUGGGGGCUGCUGUGAUCCAAGUAGCCAACGCAAUCAAAGACCUGCUGAUAUCAAGGGUAGUGACUCUGAGAAACGUGCAGGUCAUAGUGGAUGGCUUUGCUGCAAUGGGAUUCCCAAACUGUGGUGGGGCGAUAGACGGAACCCAUAUCCCUAUCUUGUCACCGGAGCACCAAGCCACCGAGUACAUAAACCGCAAGGGGUACUUUUCAGUGCUGCUGCAAGCCCUGGUGGAUCACAAGGGACAUUUCAGUAACAUCAACGUGGGAUGGCCGGGAAAGGUACAUGAUGCUCACGUCUUCAGGAACUCUGGUCUGUUUCAAAAGCUGGAGGAAGGGACUUUCUUCCCGGACCAGAAAAUAACCGUUGGGGAUGUUGAAAUUCCUAUCAUUAUCCUUGGGGACCCAGCCUACCCCUUAAUGCCAUGGCUCAUGAAGCCGUACACAGGCAGCCUGGACAGUAGUCAGGACCUGUUCAACUAUAGGCUGAGCAAGUGCCGAAUGGUGGUGGAAUGUGCAUUUGGACGUUUAAAAGCGCGCUGGCGCAGCUUACUGACUCGCUCAGACCUCAGCGAAAAGAAUAUCCCCAUUGUUAUUGCUGCUUGCUGUGCGCUCCACAAUAUCUGUGAGAGUAAGGGGGAGACAUUUAUGGCGGGGUGGGAGGUUGAGGCAAAACGCCUGGCCGCUGAUUACGCACAGCCAGACACCAGGGCGGUUAGAAGAGUACAGCAGGGAGCGGUGCGCAUCAGAGAAGCUUUGAAAACGAGUUUUGUGACUGGCCACGCUAUGGUGUGAAACUUCUGUUUGUUUCUCCUUGAUGAACCCCCCCCUCCCCCCCCCCCCCAGUUCACUCUACUUCCCUGUAAGCUAACCACCCU